AUGCCGUUCCGACCACUGGCAAGCCCGGUGCCGGUAGGAUUUUACUCGAGAUCCACUCCAAACCUCCCGACUUUGAGGUCAUUGACCACCAGUAAUCGAGAAAGCGAGGGCGGCGCGACACCUUCAACCUUGACAUCGCCUUCCGAGGCAGCAUCGAUCGAGGAUUUUUCGCUGGAUGCGCCUGCUUCGAUCGAUUCGGGCAGCGAAGAUGAAGACAAAGACGAGAAUGGCGACUCGAUGCCGUCACCACCGCGCUCCAUGUACCAACAUAAACAAUCGCAAUCGCAUACCUAUCUAGGUCCGGCGACCUUCGCUCCCCCAUUUUACAAUCGUCCGCCUACACCUCUACCUCCCAGUCCGUCAUUGACAAGUCUGCUACGGCCAACCUUCAGUACACACGCCUCCAGGCCUACGACUCCAGACCCAAGCAGCGAUGAGGGUACAAGCCAGACCCCCAAUAGCGCUGCAGCAACCACCCUCACAACUUCCUUUCGUACCGCAAAACCCAUCCCCCGUGCCUCGCCGAAGGUCCCUACUUACGAGUACUAUGGCUUUACCUUGUACUUGACGUCCACACUCGGCUUCGGUAUCUACCUGCUCUGGAGUUACCUCCCAUCUCCCUUCUUGCAUCAGCUCGGAAUUUACUAUUAUCCCAAUCGAUGGUGGAGUCUGGCUAUUCCGGCUUGGUUGGUCAUGCUUGUAGUAUGGAUCUACGUCGCCUUGGCUUCCUAUAACACUGGCUACUUGACCCUCAAGAUGCAUGCUGUCGAGUGUUUGGUAGACGACGCUGCGAACAUUGCCGUCGUGGAUGGGAAGGGAAACAUUAUCCGGAAAGAUGAUGAGGGGAGGUGGAAGUCCCAUCAAAGAGAAAACAGUGCUGGGAGGAACAUGCCGCCAAAAGAUCUGCAGUGGGAUUCCCUGUGGAACGAGGGAACAGAUGCUGUCAUGGACGUGCCUAUUGGAGGUGUCUGCGAGAUACUAUAUGGCAAGGAAGACGACUACGACGAAGACACGACGUUAUGA